AUGCGCACUACUUGGCUCGCCGUUCUGGCGCUCACCCUCCGUUGCGUCUCUGCAGUUCCGUGCAUACGCACCGGAGGACCGGGUGCUUGUGGCACUUGCGGGACGGCGACUUUGGUAUGGAAUCCAACAUACCAGAACUGCUACUGCCCGGAAGGACAGGGAUUCAAUGCUGCGGGUGAUGGUUGCGUGCCGUGCAAUUCGAUCGCUGCGGAGUACGACCCAGUCACCGGUAACUGCGUCUGCGCGUCCCCAAAAGCAUUCAACUCUCAAACCUCUACCGGCUCGUGCAUCUCGGAUUGCGGAACGGGCUUCGCACGUGGCCCUGGUGGAGUCUGCGCUGCUUGCGCCGCCCCAGCGAACCAAGUUGUCGAUAACAUCUGUGUGCCCAACUGCCAACCCGACGAGUCACUGGUCAACAAUGUUUGCGAGCCAUGCUCCCAGGAUCUAACCAAAGACCUCAUCAACGGACAGUGUGUCGCCAAAUGCCCACAGGAUCAAGUCCGGGAUGGCAUUGAGUGCGCAAACUGCACCACCAACCCUCUCAAGGAGCUUGUCGGUGACAAGUGUCUUGACAGGUGCGGCGACAACCAGGUGCGAGUCGGCGACGAGUGCAAAGACUGCGCCUUCGACUCGACCAAGGAACUGUUUGAUGGAAAGUGCGUCCCCAAGUGCACCGGUGGACAGGUUCGCAACAAUGCCGGUGACUGUGUCGAUCCCAGCUCAAGCUCCAGCACGCCAGUCGUCUCAACCUCGCCCAGCCCAGACACCUCGGCUCCGGUCACCACGGCCCCGGAAACAACUGCCCCAGAACCAACGGCUCCCGAAACGACCACACCUCCGCCCGACACCACGGCCCCGACCGACACCACCACCGGGCCCGCUCCGACGCAGACGAGCGGACGACUGCCCGCUGAGAUUGGCGACUUCGACUUGGUGGGCUGCACCGGCUCAACGCGGAACUAUCCCUCGUUCUCCCUCAUGACCUCUAGCCUUUACAUGACGCUUGAGAUGUGUACCUUGGCGUGCUCCGACUAUCUCUACGCAGGUGUCCACGUCGAGGACUGCUACUGCGCCAACAGCUUCGACAGCGUCGAGACCGUAGCCAGGGACCAGUGCAGCGUUCCCUGCCCUGGAAAUCCUCUGGAAACCUGUGGUGGCUAUCGGGCUGUUGUUCGUCGCCAGAGCGUCCCGAGCGACGCACUCCUUGUCGUCUACAUCAAUGUUGUCCUCGCAGGCACCAGCUCGGUGACGGGGAUCAGCACUACGACUACGACCACUAGCACUACCGAGUCGAGCUCCGACAUUAGUACCACGACCAACACCGACACCACCACCACCACCACUGUCACGACGGCCACUCCCGUGCCCACAGAUUACCCCUGUGUCCAUGACUACUGCCAUCCGCAUGGCUACUGGUUCGAGCUGUGUGAUGGCUUCCCCAGGCCUGGCGAGAUUGUCUUUGUCCUGCAGCCCUGCGGUUGCUACGGUGGUUGGCAAUACGUCCAGGCGAGCUGUGACGGCGCUGGCUGUGGAUCCCUGGCCGUGUAUCGCCUGGUUCCGUACACCGAGUCCAGCAGCCAAGCCAGCGUCACCAUCUACCAGCCCCAGCCCUGCAACGACUGCACUGGUGGCGUCACCUUUGUCCAGCCGCCGCCUGCUUCGUCAGGCGGUUCUGGAAGCUCCAGUGGUAGCACCGGUGGCGGCAGCCCGGUCGUUGUCACGGCUGGCGCUAGCAAGGUCGCUGAGAUCAUCAGCUCCCUGAUGGUGUUCAUCGGUGCUUUCGCCCUCCUGAUCUAA